AAGAAUUUUCCAAGCAGAGGGAACAGAAACUACAAAAGCCCAGAGAUCAAAGACACUGUGUUGUGUCUGGGAACAGCCAGGAGAUCAAUGCGAUUGGAGCUAAGUGGAAGAAAAGACAGGUAGAUGGACUAUAAGGCACUGGCCCAACAAACUGCCCAAGAAAUUUUAGGUUACAAUCAAGAUACAUCAGACUGGAAAGUGGUUAAAACUGCAAAAAAGGUAACUGUUUACAGCAAGACUUCUAGAAAAUUCCAUGGAAAUCUAUAUCGUGUUGAAGGAAUAAUUCCAGAACCAGCAGCUAAAUUAUCUGAUUUCCUUUACAAACCUGAAAAUAGAAUUGCGUGGGAUAAAUCGUUGAAAGUGUACAAUAUGGUGCACAAGAUUGACCCGGACACAUACAUAUGUCACACCAUUACCCAGAGUUUUGCCAUGGGCUCCAUUUCACCCCGAGAUUUUGUCGACCUGGUGUACAUCAAGCGCUGUGAUGGAAAUAUGGAUGUGAUUAGUUCUAAUAGUGUGGAUUUUCCAGCAUAUCCCCCAUCUUCAAAUUACAUCCGUGGUUAUAAUCAUCCUUGUGGAUAUAUAUGUUCACCUCUGAAAGAGAAUCCAGCACAUUCCAAACUAGUGAUGUUUGUCCAAACAGAAAUGAAAGGGAAAUUGUCCCCAUCAAUCAUUGAAGCUACGAUGCCCUCCACCUUAGUGAGCUUCAUCCUCAAUGCAAAAGAUGGAUUGAAGAGCCAUAAAACUCAAGGAUGUGGGCAUCGGCAUACUCCUGCUGGCCAUUCAUCAUAUCUGAAGAAGAAGUGA